CGCUGAACGGCAGGCAUGGAUGCGGGUGUGUGGUUCAUGUUGGUGGGUGUUCUGCUGGUCAUGGCUGAUCAGAGUCGGUCCAUUACUCAAGAUGAAGCGCUGGAGCAGAACAAACGGCUGCUGGAGGAGGACGAGGAGCAGGACCACAUGCUGGAGAGACCAGGAGCCGCGCAGAUGAAUGGUCUUCUGGAGGAUCGUCUGCUGGUGGAGAUGCUGCGCUCCUUACUGCACGGCUCUCAGAGAUACGAGCGCAACCCUUCAGUGCUGCACCAGCCUCAGCGGUUUGGUCGUGGAGCGCGCAGUGGUUUGUCCACAGAGGAGCGAAUACAGUCCCGGGACUGGGAGACGGUGCCCGGACAGAUCUGGAGCAUGGCUGUACCGCAGAGAUUCGGCAAAAAAUAACGCAAACCCGACAGAGAAACGUCAGAGAUGUCUGUGGAGUGAUGCAUACACACAAUUACUGCAUCCAGAAUCAUAUCUGUGAGCGUGUCAUUAAAGCAUUUAUAUUGGUAAAGAUGUGAUUAUUAAUCCCCCUGUGAAAUGAACAGAGUUUUAAAUGUCUCCCAGUCACAGCAACAUAUCUAAUGCUGUUUACCAUUUUUUCUUCUGGAUAAAUUAUUUCACUUAGUUUGACUGGAAUAAAAGCCUGUUUCUGUUUGCCUACUGAG